AAGAGAGAAAAGAUUUAACGUGGCGGGACCACUUCCGUAUAAUUCUUAUAUGCAUGCUACAUCUGACACUCUUCACUUUUUGAUAAGGCAAAGGAAAUUGAAUUUUAUUCAAGAUGAAAGUCAUGGUUGAUUCAACACAACAGGAGCCAAAUGUUCAACGGAAUAGUUCUCAAGAGAAUACCAACUGGGCGGCAUUCGGUCUUGAUCCCAUCACAGCCACAGUGUCGAACAUCAACCCAGACGCUGAAGCACAACCUGACGCAGACUCGAGACAAGAUGUCGAAAAGACAGUCAGUGCAUGGAUCUGCGUCCUUGGAUCUUUUCUAACUUUGAUACCUACAUUCGGCUUCAUGAACUCGUUGGGUACAGUCCAAACAUAUCUAAGCAUGAACCAACUCCACGACUACAGCGAAGGCGAAGUUGGAUGGAUCAGCGGCCUAUUUCUCUUCCUCUCGCUCAUUCUGAACGUCCAAGUCGGUCCGAUGGUCGAUGUCCAUGGGCCCAAUGUCAUCGGUCCUGUUGGAGCAGUUCUUUAUGUGGCCAUGUUUCUCCUCAUGGCCGAAUGUCGCAACUACUGGCACUUCAUGCUCUGCCUGGGAGUAUUCGGGAGUAUCGGCGCUGCUAUGACAAUGGUUGUAGCCAUCGCCAUCGUGGGAAAGCUGUUUGUCCGCAAGCGAGGUCUCGCGAUGGGUAUUACACUUGCAGGAUCGUCCAUCGGCGCUGUCAUAUUCCCUAUCAUUCUACGGUCAACGUAUCCCAAUCUCGGCUGGCAAUGGUCAAUGCGAAUCAUGGCGUUUAUAUCAGCAGGUCUUCUCCUCCCCGCCAUUCUCUGCUUCACCGCCUUCAACAAGAUCUACAAAUCAUCAACAAAUGGCCAACCCACCCCCAAGAGCUCAACACUCAACUUCACUGCCUUUCAAUCACCCGCAUUCUGUUUUGUUACAGCCGGUAUCUUCAUGUUUGAGUUUGUCAUCUUCAGUAUCUCGGGUCUUCUACCGUCCAUUUCUACUCGGGUCGGCUUCACUGCCGAGAAUGGAUAUACUCUUCUUUCUAUUGUUGGGGCGGCGAGCACAUUCGGCCGAAUCAUUCCCGGAGUCAUUGGCGACAAGUAUGGGCACUUCAAUGUUCUACUUGCUACUUUGGUGUUUACUGUCAUCUUUAUGGGGGCUCUGCUUGUUCCGUUUGGUACCAGGUCAGCCACUGCUCUGUACGCCUGGUCUGCUAUCUGGGGAUUUGGGUCUGGGUCUUUUCUCUCCAUUACUCCAGUCUGUAUGGGCAAAACAUGUGAAGCCAAGGACUAUGGUCGAUAUUAUGGCAUGAUGAACUUUGUCACCGCCUUCGCACUGCUCAUCGCUCUCCCUACAAGUGGUGCCAUGCUCGAGAACAUGGGCCCUCAAGCUCUGGCUGGUCUCUUCACUGGCAUGACUGCUGUUGGAGGAGCUUGCUACUUUGCAGCCCGAGCUCUUCUCAUUGGGAGGUGGCUGUCUCCCAAGACUAUCAUUUAAUUUCAAAGAGUACCUGAAUACGUCUCAUUAUUUGCAAAUCUGAACUUGACUAAAUUGGGUGUGGUUGGUCUCUUUUAUGGGAGUUUGGGUUAUGACAUAUGGAGAUUGGAAAAUAUACCUAAUCCGGCGCUGGAUGAGAUAAAGGAAAAUGGGUAUUAAGGAGUUUCAAGAUUGUACUGAGUUAUUACUUUACUCUAAUAGUAAUAUGAUCCCAUAAUCACCGAACAAUGCAAGAGCCUUUCAGCACAUAAAGAGGAGCAGCGUAUCAUAUCAUCACCGCCCCUUGUCGUCUCUCCUCAUGGCAAACCCUUUCUCAAUCAACCUCACCAUCAAUCCAUUCGUCAGUGGGAUCUCCCUCUCCCCCAUCUUCUGCCCCUUAACCUCGUCCUCCGUCGCCCAAACAUAAUCCUGAUGCUCCUUCGGAUCCAGCUUGACCUCAGCUGUAUCCUCAACAUCAACCUCAAAGCUAAACUUGCAAAAGAACCUCUUCCCCGUUCUAUUCGUAAAAACAGCUCCAGGUUUUCCAUUUGGCCCAUCAGGAAUAACACGUCGAAUGUGUCGCAGUCUCAGACCUGCCUCCUCCCAAAGCUCACGCACACAACCGUACAGAACAGUUUCGUCUUCGUCGUCACAAGCACCGCCUGGAAUCUCCCAUUUGUUAGGCAUACUAUCGUCUGGUGCUCUUUGGAGAAGGAGAAUGCGGUUGGAGGUGUCGAAGACGAGGGCGCCGGUUGCGAGCGAGUCCCAUGUUUUGUCGUGAGUUUUCAGCCACUCGCGGUGAUUGACGUUCCAUUCUGCGACAGACUCGUCGAAAGUGAAGUUUAACUCUGGGGGGGAGAGUUUCGUUUCUGGUUUGUCCGUCAUUUUGUGUUGCUGUGUGUGAAGUUGAAGUUGAAGUUGAAGAGAUGAGAAUAAGAUGAUGCUGCGACUGAGAAAUGCCCCGGUAUUGGACCUGCUUGUUGACGCUAAUGCCUCACCUCACUCACUCACUCAUAAACAAGCUAUCGCCAUAAUGUUUCAUGUCUGCCUAAUAUCCAUACCCAGGCAACAAUAAAAGUCAAG